CGAGGACCUCAACGCCGCCGCCAUCAAGGCCUGGACCACCAGUAGCACUACCGGCGGCGAGGCCCUGCUCGAGGAGCGCGUGCAGGCGCUGGACGCGGUGCUGUGCGGCCUCUGGGCCAUGGGCGAGCCGGGCGGCAGGUACGCGCGCGUGGUGCGCCGGUUCGAGAGGUGGGCCGACGCGCUGCGCGCCGUGGUCGAGCGCCGCGACGACGAGGGGGGGCUCGUGGCUGGCGGCGGUGGUGGCGACGACGUCGCCUUCGUCGAGGUUCUCGACCCGGCCUGGCGCGACGAGUGCGCCGCGCUGGCCCGCAAGCUGGGCGGCUGGCGCAGGCAGCUCGUGGGCCUCGCCGUCCGCGGCGGCGACGGACAGGCGGCGACGUCAAGCCUGGCCGUCGUCCUGGCCGCGUGCCGCGAGCUGGUCCACGACAUGCUUGCCGAGCUCGAUGUCAUGGAACGCAUCGAGCGCGAGGCGCUGAGGCAGGAGACCGAGUGGAUCGAGCACAUGAGCCGGGACGACGGCAGUGAUGAUACCCUGAAGGCCGGAGCGAUAUGGAGGGUUUUGUGAUUUGGGUCUCGCCUUUUCUCUCCUCUUUCUGCAUUCUUGGAGCAAUGAGCCUCUUAUUUUUUUUAUUCCGCCAUUUGCGCCUGUUUUCAUUUCUUCGAGCUCCACGUUGCUGAGAUCAUGCUUGGCAUGAGCUCACAUACGAACAUUUUUCAUGCACUGAUCACCUCUAUUACACGAUUUCACUCCCUCUCUUCCUCUUCUUCAGGUCAGUGGGCUUAUUUCAAGACUGACUUGUAAAUAUUGACCCAGAUUGCCACUAUCAAUCUUUAGGGGCUAUGUACUCAUGAAGGCUAUACGAUAUGUGAAAACGAAAACCAACUGAACCCCAAGAAAAGCAGCACAUACCAUCCCUCCAAAAACGCCAGGAAUCCGAGCCAAAUCGCACUCAUGCCCCCAAUCCUCUACCAUCCGAUGCAGGUCAGGCAGCCCACAGGGUGCACCAUCGAUUUGACCGGC